CCCUGCUAGUGCAAGACACAGCCACACCAUCUUUAGCUUACAGGCGACGUGACGCGAUAGCCAUGGACAUGGUGCCCGCUUCAGCGGAGCCGCUCCUCCACAUGGAGCAGCGCCAACUUCGUCCAUCACACCACGGCGGAUGGUGGGGACUUGCGGCGGCGGCCCUGCUCCUCAUGCUGCUGGUCACCGUUGGCCCUCUCCGUCCUAUGCUGUUCGGCGUGCCGCUGCCGGAGCCCGUCGCGCUCACCCUCCUCACUGGCGCACAGGAAAAGGGUGCUGUGUGCUUGGACGGAACCCCACCGGGUUACCACCUCCAGAGAGGCUCCGGUGACGGCUCCAGCAGCUGGCACAUCCAUCUACAGGGAGGAGGCUGGUGCGGCACAGUCAACGAUUGUUCCAAUCGUAGGAUGUCUGAUCUCGGUUCCUCUAAAUUCAUGAAACCAAUACAGUUCGCCGGCACUGGAAUCCUCGGCAGUGAUCACCUUCAAAAUCCUGAUUUCUACAAUUGGAACAAAGCCUACGUGCGAUACUGCGAUGGAGCUUCCUUUUCAGGGGAUGCGGAAGGUCAAGCACAGGAUGGAACCAUACUGCACUUCAGAGGAUUGCGUAUCUAUCAAGCGGUUAUUGACGAACUAAUGGAAAACGGACUCGCCAAUGCUACACAGGCCAUCCUUACAGGUUGUUCUGCUGGUGGUCUAGCAACGAUAGUGCAUUGCGACGAUUUUAGUGCACGAUUUUCUCACAAGGUUUCGGUUAAAUGCCUUGUUGAUGCUGGGUUUAUUCUUGACGUAAAAGAUAUAUCUGGACAAAGGUCCUUCAGAUCUCUCUAUGGUGGUGUCGUUCACCUCCAGAAUGUUAGACAAGUGUUGCCCAAGGACUGCCUUACCAACAAAGAGCCAACUGAGUGUUUCUUCCCUGCGGAGCUUAUUAAGAGCAUCCACACCCCCAUGUUUAUUGUCAACUCUGGGUAUGAUCCAGCGCAGAUAAGAAAUGUGAUCGUACCAGCUUCGUCGGCUCCUGAUAAGUCGUGGUUGAGUUGCAAGGAUAAUAUCCGGAACUGCAAUUCCACACAAAUUGAUGUUCUUGAUGGACUAAGGACCACGAUGGCUGAUGCAUUAAAGGUUGUUAAAGAUAAAGAGGACUGGGGAUUUUUCAUCGACUCAUGCUUCACUCAUUGCCAAACGGUCCUUGACGUCUCUUGGAAUUCACAUAAUUCCCCGAGGCUUGGAAAUAAAACCGUUGCAGAAGCUGUUGGAGAUUGGCACCGUGGAAGGACGCAAGGAGUGAAAGAGGUUGACUGCAAGUAUCCGUGCAACCCAACAUGCAAUAGUCAGUCACCUUUAUGAUUUGUUAUUACAUUGCAUUGGUAGAGGUUUACUAUGUAACGAGUGCAAGAAAGAAAGAGAAAAAACAGCAAUCAUCAUAUUCUAUAUUUCAUCAAAGUGAAAAGUAAUGAUCAUAUGUAAUAAAAAAAGUGCGGUCAGAUGAAUGA